AAGGAUAACAAUUCAAAAACGGCAGAUGUUCAUCUUCAUAUACAUAUACAAUACAUUUUCCCUUGUUCCGAUCCCUCAUUCUCCUUUCCAUUCCAUUCCAUGGCGGCCUCCACUCACCGAAUCUUGUCUUCCUCCUCCUCCAAUUUUCCCAGACAAAGCAUUCGAAACCGGCGUCUUCUAUCCUCUGAAUCCCAAUUCCUCCCCUAUCCAACAGCAAAUCAACCAAAACCACAACCUAUCCUUCUCCGGCAGUGGACGCGUCAAAGGAAAUUGAGCAGUACCAUUUGCUGGUACGCCUUACAUGAUAAUAAAGAGGAGGAGGAUGAAGAACAGGAGGAGCAGGUGGCGGAAAUUGUAAAUUAUGAUUGCCAGCGGCGGCGGAGGGCGGAGGUUGCGGUUGCAGCGGUGGCUACCAUGGGGCUGGGAGUAGGGAAUCGGGUGCUCUAUAAGCUAGCCUUGGUUCCUUUGAAGCAAUAUCCAUUCUUUUUGGCUCAGCUCGCUACUUUCGGAUAUGUGGUUGUGUAUUUCUGCAUAUUACAUUUCCGCCACAGGGCUGGCAUUGUUACCGAUGAAAUGCUUUCCAUCCCCAAAGCUCCACUUCUUGCUGUUGGUCUGGUCGAAGCUAUCAGUGCUGCUUGUGGAAUGGCGGCUGGAGCCGUUCUUUCAGGAGCAGCUAUUCCAAUUUUGUCACAGAGCUUUCUAGUUUGGCAAAUCAUAUUGUCAUAUCUUUUUCUUGGAAGGAGAUAUAAAUUCAACCAGUUACUUGGCUGCUUCCUUGUUGCCGUUGGUGUGGUUGUUACUGUUGCCAGUGGGUCUAGUGCCGGUUCAUUGAUGGAGGCUGGUUUAUUUUGGAGUCUCCUAAUGAUCGUGUCCUUUCUGUUUCAAGCCGCCGACACCAUAUUGAAGGAAGUCAUUUUUCUGGAUGCUGCAAAGAAGUUAAAGGGAGGCUCGGUGGAUCUGUUUGUUAUAAAUUCGUAUGGAUCUGCAUUUCAGGUAGUGUUUUAUAUAUGUUUUGGGCAGGCGAUUUUUAUAUGCCUUCUUCUACCAUUCUUGUCGAGGUUAUGGGGCAUUCCCUUUCGUCAACUGCCAAACUAUCUUUCAGAUGGUGCAGCUUGCUUUUUGAACAUGGGCACUAUAUCAAGUGGAUGUGAGGGAGCUCCCCUGCUACCAGUAUUGUUUUGUAUGGUGAAUAUGGGUUACAACAUAUCGUUGUUGCAUCUCAUAAAAAUCUCAUCUGGGGUUGUAUCUUCCCUUGCCUCCACAGUUUCAGUUCCAAUAUCUGUAUUUGUGUUCACACUUCCAUUACCAUACUUGGGGGUGGCAUCCUCCCUUCCAUCAGGGUUCAUAGCAGGUGCAGUUGUGCUUGUCAUGGGGAUGUUGAUAUAUGCCUGGACACCAUCCACUUCUACUCCACCUCCCAUUCCAUCACCUGUCACCACCUCUUCACUGUGACAUAGAAAUAGCAGCUACUUGUCAACCCGCCAUUGACGUCUUCUUUUUCCCAAUAAACCAGCCGGCCUGAGUUUGCCGCCAGGAAGAAACUAUAUUAUAUGAGUCUCUGUCAGACAAGUUUUUUUUUUUUUUUUUACCUUAUAAAUGGUCAAAACCGACCAAUGAAGUUUUUUUUUUUUUUUUUUUUUUGUAUUUUUAUGGUGAUUUUGUCUUCCUGAAUCUUUAAAAAACACUAAAAUUCGAAAUGUUAAUAUAAUCUUGGUCAA